CCUUCACUCUUCUCCCCGUCACCACCACCCUUGGCCUCCUAACACUUCCAUAAACUUCCCUUCCAAUCCCUUCUAGUAAUAAGAUGGCAUCCCCGACCGUCGAGAGCCACCGUGAAGGCGCCGAGGUCUACCGCGGCGACGACAUCUGCAAGAAGAAGUCCAUCGAAUUGCUCGAAGAGCUCGGCCUCCCCAAGGGUCUGUUACCCCUCGUCGACAUCGAGGAGUUUGGCUACAACCGUGCGGCCGGGUUCAUGUGGCUCGUCCAGAAGAAGAAGAAGGAGCAUACUUUCAAGAAGAUCAAGCAGACGGUGUCGUAUGCCACCGAGGUGACGGCUUUCGUGGAGCAGCGCAAGAUGAAGAAGAUAACUGGGGUGAAGACGAAGGAGCUGUUGCUGUGGCUCUCUGUUGUGGAAGUGUACAUCGAUGGCCCCUCGUCGGAGAAGAUCACUUUCAAGACCGGCACCGGACUGUCUGAUAGCUUCCCGGUGUCUGCCUUCGAGCUCGAGUAGUUUGAGAAAGGGAAGUUAGCUGAGGGCUUAGAGCUUUGAUUCCCUGUGAUCUUUGAGCUGGAAAUAGAAAAUAAGGAGUUCUCUCUAUCUCUUUAAAUGUUGCUAAUUUUCUGUUCUUUUCUAUUUUAUUUUUGUCUCAAACAGUGUUAUAUUUGUCUUAAAUAAAGGUUGCAAUUAUUGGUCUGGUAUAAUAUGUGUUCUCAAUAAAUCAUUUGAAUU